GGAUGAGCAACUUUACUUGAGCAAAUUACCUUGUUUCCACCACGUACCCUGCGCACGUUGAAGCCGGUAGACGACAACAAGAAAGCAGUACUAAUGGUCUACAGCUCCAAAUGACGGCUCAUCCAAUGCCCUCCGCGAUGACCCUGCUCCACCCCAUGCUGCAAAGCAGUUCGCCUAAAGGGAUCCGGCAAGACUCAGCCACUCUUUCUGGAUCUCCUCCAGUCAUUCCUGAAAGCGCUUCUCCCUUGUCUAUAUCCGAUUCCCUAUCCAAUGUCUGCUUGCUCCCAUUUGCAGAUCAGCUUUCAGACCUGCCGUCGGAUCUGCAAAAUAUUCUAUGGAAUCUUCCCUUCUUUCCUCGUGAUCGAGACGCAAGCGAAAUUGCUGGGAUUGAUGAGUUUCUCAAGGAUAUCAGCCAAGUGAUGCACAUCCGUCACUUCUCACCCGGCGACGUCAUGAUUCAGGAAGGUGAAAAGGCGCGAGCAAUGUUUUUUGUGAUAAAAGGUAUCGUUAAGGUGAUAAGCGAAGACGGAGAAAUAAAUUUCGCGGAACUCAGACCAGGAAGCUACUUUGGCGAAAUUGGGGUUCUUUUUAACAUCAACCGGACGGCCACCGUCACUGCGAAAACAAAAUGCACACUAGCUGUUCUGACCUCUGACGACCUCGAUCAUAAACUGGUGCGAUACCCGCAAAUUAAUACCAUUUUGCGGACUCAAGCAAAUGAGCGAUAUGAGCAACUCAAACGCGAAAUGGAAAAGGCGGGUCGAAGGAGGCGCUCGGAAUUGUGUGAUAAAUCUCACGAGAUGCGAAAGGAGUCGUCACAUGGAUCCUUACGCGAGCUUUCAGCGUCUCGAGUAGCCUCGCGGCGAACAUCGGAGGAGACAAAACUAUAUAAUCAAUUACCAGCAGAGGCUAUCCCUACACCAGGUCGGACCUCAUCUGACGAUUUUACAACAUCAGCACUAGCGAUUUCUGUGGAUGCAGGAUCUCCGCCACCCAGUAGUGGCGUGCCGCUUUCUCCCACCUCCGACAGCGCUGGUCUAUCUUCCCCUGCAGCAAAUUUUGCUGCGCGCCAUGGUGGACGACGACGUGCAUCUGUCGCAGUGUGGUCGGAUGACAGGUUGAUGCAAUUCGCCCAGAGCGCCAGUGAAAAGUACGAACAAGGAAAAGAAAAGCAUACGGUAGCCGUUCCAUCCAAUCUACAUCGUGCUGCGUCGGAGCUAGCCCUAAGAAAGACCUUCACGACCCCGCCAGUUACUGAAAUUCGCGAAUUCGGUGUGUUUGGCCGUGAUCUCAUGGCAAGGAUUCUCAGCCAUCUCGACUUUCGUCAACGAAUGCGCGUUCGACUUUGCAGCAUGCACAUUCUCAGACUUCUCCUGGACCCGCGAAUGAUGCUUACCACGGUCGUAGACCUUAGCCCGUGGCAUAAGCGCAUUGAUGACAAGGUUAUAUCGGACAUUGUCUGCUUCUGCGGUCAGACGGUGCGGAGUUUGAGCUUGCGCAACUGCUGGGGAGUGACGGACAAAGGGUUGGCUGCGAUAGCUCAUUACGCAGCAGAUGGCCUGGAAACAUUGUGUUUAGCCAGUGUGUGGGAUAUUACCGACGGGGGGAUCGCGAGUAUGGCAAGAAUGUGCUCGCAUCUUAAGGAUCUUGAUCUCAGCAACUGCCGGAAAUUGAGUGAUGCAGGGAUAUCGAGCAUGCUGGAUGCCUGCAGCAAUAUAGACACUCUCACGCUUUCUUAUUGUAAGAACCUUACCGAUGCAAUUUUGGGACAUUCUCGGUGGAAAACAGUAAGAAGGGUGAAUAUGCAACGAUGCACCGGCAUAUUUGAUGCGGGAUUCAGUAGGUGGGCCUCGCAGGCUGCUGAACCCGACCCGGAGCAAGUCUCGACCCAAACUGUCCCCGAGGCUGAUGAGUUUACAGCGACUCUUGGAGCGGGUCCUGUGACACAGAUUGCAGAAGAGAUUGAGGAGGAAAGUUAUGCUGAAGAUGACUUUAUGGACAUUGAUAAGGGUGAUCCAUUCUAUAUAGCUGGCCCGCCAAGAACGCUGUCGUCAUCAUUUCAUCAAGUUACGGCCUCUUCCUUCGCACUGCAAGAGCUCAUUCUGAGCGACUGCUCGUUCCUAACUGAUGCCACUGUAGCUGCCAUCGCUGCCAGCUGCCACAAUCUUCAAAUACUUUCCCUUUCAUUUUGCUGUGCUGUGACUGAGGAUUUUGCUGAGCAUCUUUCUGCUGGUUGCCCGCAUCUCCGGGCACUGGACAUGUCCUUCUGUGGAACGGCGGUCACAGACACAAGCCUCGGUGUCCUAGCACGAGGUCUCCGAUGUUUGGAGCGAUUAAGCAUUCGCGGCUGCGUACAGGUGACAGAGAAGGGAAUUACCUAUCUAGCAAGGUACGCACGUCGUCUACGGAUGCUGAACGUUAGCCAGUGCAAAAAUGUAAAUGAGCAGCUGGUGGAAAAGACUGGGAGAGGGUGGAGGUUAUUGACCUGCCAAGGGUUGGUGGAGGUGGAUGAGGUGAAUUUCCGGCUGAAUGGAGGAAAAGUGAUUGGGAAGGGUAUAGGGAGAAAAGAAAGAGCCAGAGCCUCGACCGCAUGAUAUUCUCAUUUUUCAAAUUCCAAUCAAUAUUUCCA